AUGCUCCCGGAAGUCGAUAGUAGACCUGAUAAAAGAAUUCCGAGAGCAUCGACCAUAAUGUUCACUCUGCUGCACUUGAUUCUUCCAGUGGUGGUAGCUAUUUGUCCGCAAGGCACGAUAUACCGUCAAGAAUUUGAAAGAUGCUACAAAUUCUCCACUGUGAAAAAGUCCUAUUCCUUAGCCGAGACAGAUUGCUUGAGCCUCGGAGGUCACCUAGUUUCCAUUCAGAAUGGCUACGAAAACGCCAUGCUUAUAGAAACUGCCCAAGCGGAUCAUUUUCCACUUCCAUUCUACAUUGGAUUGACUAGCCUUGAUGGUGGACUUUGGUCAUGGAAUGAUGGCACACCUGGCCACAUGCUACAAAUUCUCCACUGUGAAAAAGUCCUUUCCUUAGCCGAGACAGAUUGCUUGAGCCUCGGAGGUCACCUAGUUUCCAUUCAGAAUGGCUACGAAAACGCCAUGCUUAUAGAAACUGCCCAAGCGGACCAUUUUCCACUUCCAUUCUACAUUGGAUUGACUAGCCUUGAUGGUGGACUUUGGUCAUGGAAUGAUGGCACACCUGCCACGUAUACGAACUGGGCUCAUGGUCAGCCAGGUCAAUCUAAUCAGUGCGCUGUUUCGGGCUCACCGAAUGGCAUUUGGUCGACGAAGUCGUGCUCCGAGCUGGUAACUUAUGUGUGCGCUAUCGAUGCUGGCUCGAUCCUGCCUACGUCUUGUCCCCCUCCAGUUGUUUGUCCACCUAGACCCGCGUGCAUAGUCUGCCCACCUCCUCCUGUGUGUCCUGCACCACCAGCAUGCCCAACUUGCCCACCGACCCCCGUUUGUCCUGCACCAACAAUUUGUUCAACCUCCCGCCUACGCCAUCGUGUCCUUCACCAACAGAUUUUCUGCGUUCCUCUUCCUAAGUCUAACUCGAGGCUCACAAGAAUGAGACUGAUGACACUGACCUAUUCACUCUUUGCAGAUAUGGCGAAAACAGGAGAAGCCUACAAGAACCCGAACUCCUUGACAUGGAUUGGUCUAUGGCAGGCUGGUUAUCCUCUGAAUUAUCGCAGUGGGCGUGGGGACAGCAUGGGACAAAGCUUCGACUACACGGAAUUGGGCUAUAUGGCGAAAACAGGAGAAGCCUACAAGAAUCCGAACUCUUUGGCAUGGAUUGGCCUAUGGCAGGCUGGUUAUCCACUGAGUACGCAGUGGGCAUGGACAGAUGGGACAAGCUUCGACUACUCGAAUUGGGCUGUAGGUGAACCGAAUAACGCCGAUGGUAAUGAACACUGUGUUCAGAUCUACAGUGAUCACGAAGGAACCGAUCCAGUGAAAGAUACUCAGUUCCAGAAAUGGAAUGACUACUAUUGCAGUGACGCUAUGAGGGCAUAUAUCUACAGUGAUCAGGAAGGAACCGACCCAGUGAAAGAUACUCAGUUCCAGAAAUGGAAUGACUACUAUUGCAGUGACGCUAUGAGGGCAUAUGUGUGCAAGAAACCAGCUUUGCAUUAG